GAGCAGCGGAGUUUGCACAGGCUAGAGACAGGUUCUUCCUUCAGCUAGGAGUAGAGCAACAUCCAGCUGAUUGGUUUUACUGCUCCCGAGCUGAACGAUCCGAAUCCGCGCCCACGUUUUCUCCCGAGACUUUGUCGCUAAGUUUGAAUCAGGAUGGGUGACUGGAGUCUCCUAGCAAAAGUACUGACGAAAGCACAGUCCUACUUGAUGCCAGGAGGUAAACUAUGGCUUUCCGUGCUUUUCAUCUUUCGUGUUCUAGUGCUGGGGACUGCCGUGGAAUCCGCCUGGGGAGAUGAACAAUCUGCAUUCAGCUGCAACACUCAGCAACCAGGUUGUGCGAACGUCUGCUAUGACAAAUCCUUCCCCAUCUCCCACAUUCGACUCUGGGUUCUUCAGAUUAUUUUCGUCUCGACACCCACUCUGGUGUACCUAAUCCAUGUCUUUAUCGUUUCUCAUAAAGAAAAAAGAUUAUCUAAGAAAGAAAAAUAUUUAAAGAUACUCCAAGAAGAAGGUGAAGACGUCAGCCUUGCCUUGAAACAAUUAGAACUAAAGAAAGUCAAAUAUGGUGUGGAGGAGCAAGGCAAAAUUAAAAUUAAAGGAUCUCUUAUGCAUACUUACGCAGUCAGUAUUGUCUUUAAAAUAAUUUUUGAAGUGACUUUCAUUUUAAUUCAGUGGUGCAUUUAUGGUUUCAGAUUCAUGCUGGACACAAUUUAUGCUUGUGAGAGGUACCCAUGCCCACACACAGUAGACUGCUUCCUCUCGCGACCCACUGAGAAGACUGUCUUUAUCAUAUUUAUGUUGGUGGUAUCCGUUGGUUCAGCUGUGCUGAACCUGACAGAGCUUUUCUACAUUAUCUUCAAAACAUUAGCAGAUCGUGUUAAGCAAAAUAGCCACUUAUUUCAGGGCUCUCAAAGUAUGGGUGUGAACCCUCUCAAAGACUCAUCCUCAUCAAAGUAUGCCUAUUAUAAUGGGUGCUCCCCACCAACUGCUCCCAUGUCCCCUCCUGGAUACAAGCUUGCUACUGGGGACAGGAAUAUGUCCUCCUGCAGAAGCUACAAUAAGCAAGCUAAUGAACAGAACUGGGCAAAUUACAGCACCGAACAAAACAGGAUUGGUCAGGCUGGUAGCACCAUUUCCAACUCCCAUGCACAGGCAUUUGAUUUUCAUGGUGAACAUCCAACCAUCCAAAAAUCACCAUCAAUAACAGAGUUACAGCCUAUUGGUCUCAAGGAACAGAGACCACCUAGUAGAACCAGCAGCCGUGGGAGUAGCAGGCCACGACCAGAUGACCUUGAGGUCUAGCCUGAUCUAAAAUUUAAGACAUUGUCUCAUUUCUAUGAAUAGAUACAUUAUUUUUCUGGAAGUGCACUCCAGAUGUUGGUACCAAGUAGUUAUACGUUAUGCUCAAUAUCAACUAAUAAUUCAACGGCUCACCUUUUACAGAAAACCAUGCUAAUGCUCAGAAAUACCCUUUAUUUUUGAGGAUAUGCACUCCAGUAAAAUAAUUCAUGGAAAAACCCAGCUGAAAAAUUUAAGAACCCUUACUACAAUAAAGUCUUGCUGAUCUUAUACAUUUUUAACCACAGUCUUGCAUUAUACCAAAGUAUUCUUUUUAACCUCCUUUCUAAUUUGAUAUUUUUAAGUAUUCUCUAAGCCCAGAAAUAACAUUGCAAGAUACCAUCUUGCACUUAAGUUUUUCUCCACUCAGAACAAAAUAUGUCUUUCACUGUUAUGGUCUGACACAAUAAACUCAUUCAAUUCUGGACAUAAUUCGAGAUAAUGUUGCAGUCACAAGAAUCUGAAAUUACAGCAAUACUUUUCCAAUUCAGAUUUCUCACUCUAUAUUUGUAAUUAUUUAUCCAGCAAAACAAUUUUCAAAGUAUUUGCAUAUAUUUCUUCUCUGUGUGAGCAUUUCAUAUUUCACCUAACUUUGUGUCUAAUCACAAGUUUGACUGAACGUUUUUUUCCACAUCUUCCCAUUUUUGACUUCUUUUGUAAAUAAAAGUGUUUUCAGCUGAAUAAAGUGGAACUUCAUCUAGUAAAAAAAACAAUCAAAUCAUGAAUCUUUUUUUGGGGAUUUUAAAUAAUGUAAAAUCUUUGUACAAUUAGAUCAAAUCAAUAUUUUGUAGUAUUUUAACAAAAAGAUCAGUUAUUUUCUUUAAACAUCUUUUAUUUAAAGGAGACCCCAAUGAACAGUAGUAGAGCAUUCUGGAAUAAUGUUGCAAGGUGAUGAUUCUUAAAUAUUGACAUGUUUUGAUGCAUUUGGUUGAGAAUACAGCCUAUCUGAUGUGUAUGUGUUUGUUUAAAUACCUGUGUAAAUAUGGGAAGUCAAAUUCCACUGUUCAAUCAUAUAAUAUGAAUAAUAUUGUAUCCAGGUGGGAUACUGUGUUUGUUUUUUGAGAAAGGUAAGAGUGGUUGCUAAUUUGUGCUAAGCCGUAGUAACUUUAUUCUUGGUAUGAAUGAGAUUUUAAUAAAAAAUGCUGUGAUAGAGAUUGUAGUACUGUUUAAUACUUUUUGAGGUGAAGUUAUCAGUAAUAUGAAACCUAUAGUCAAUGUGCUUUGUGCUGGACUAAUAUUUAGUCAACAAGUAAUAAAGGUAUUCGCCAAUAUAGCAUCACAAAUAUCUGCAUUCACCAAACUGUAUUAUUCUGAUCUUGUAAAUAGCUUAUCCACCACAUCACAUAAGCAAUUCUACAACAGUUCUAGAGUUUGACUUGGUCAUCAUGAAUUCAAGUUUUGUUUAUUACUUUAGCUAUAAUGGCGUUUGCACUGAAACUUUAUAUUUGCUUAGAAUGCACAAUGACGCUGAAGAGGGUUACAAGCUGUCAAAUAGCGUGCAUAUAACUAUUUAUUUUGAUGCAGAAGAGUUGUGUCUUUGCAAUAACUGAACCUAAUUACUUUGAAAAGUUUAUCAUUUUCGGUCACAUUUAUUUUGUAAAGGCAGUGGAUAGAAAGCCUUCAAGUUUUGAAUAAAGAAGUGAGAAAACCUGCUAAUUUGUGUUCAGAGUACCAGAGUGUGAAGUUGUUGUCUGAUACCUGUUUCAGCUGUCAAGUGCAUCUCUCCAGCACAAUCUGUAAAGAGUCACUUGUGCUACUGGUAAGCAUUUUGCGGUGGUUAUAAAAAAACUUGAUGUUUAUCCAUAAAGAAAGGCACAUGAAACAGUGAUGUUCUCAUUCAUAAUAACAAUUUUUUGUGAUGUGCUAGUCAGUGUUUUCUAAUUUCUUGUUAACAUUCCAUGUUAAAUCACUGACAAGCAACCCCUCUUGUACUGAAACUCAUACAAUUGUUGUUACCAUGCAUGUGAGCAAUCUUCUGUUCAUUAAAACCUGAUAACUUAAAACAAUAAAGUGACUUUUUAAUAGA